CGUUGGCAGACCUGCAAAGAGGCAACGUGUUGGCUUGUGAGAAGAGUGUUUGUUUACUUUUAGUUAUGGAAUACUUACCUUAAAAAUUAAUUUGGUAUACCAGUGUCUUGAAACACAGUUGCGUGGUGCGAAAUGGAAAAUUGCCAGAAAAUCAAUGAAGUAACAAAGAAUGUUAAGAAGUCCAGAGUCGGUUUGGAAGAAAACAAAGAGAGAAAUAAUCAGACAUACUGGUGGUUAGUUUUUGGAGCAGUUUUACUACUGACAGCAUGGAGUAGGUUUCAUAAAGUUUCAGAACCUGAUCAUGUUUGUUGGGAUGAGACACAUUUUGGCAAGAUGGGAAGUUGGUAUAUCAAUCGGACAUUCUUUUUUGAUGUCCAUCCUCCUCUAGGCAAGAUGCUGAUAGCUUUAUCUGGUUACCUCACAGGCUAUGAUGGAAGGUUUGCUUUCGAGAAGCCUGGUGACAAAUACGAAGGUGUCAAUUAUGUGGGCAUGAGAGUGUUUUGUACCCUUUUGGGAGCCUGCAUUGUACCGUUUGCUUUUAUUAUUGUAUGGGAGAUGACCCACUCUUUAACAGCAUCUACUUUGUCAGCAUCGUUCAUUCUGUGUGAUGUUGGUAUUCUCACGCUGACUCAAUAUAUACUACUGGACCCCAUACUUCUCUUCUUUGUGAUGGGCUCUGUAUUGGGAAUGGUGAAAUUCCAUUCCUGCAAAGACAGAGCAUUUUCAUUCAGUUGGUGGGCAUGGCUGGUGUUUACUGGAAUAAUGAUUGCUUCAGCUAUCAGUGUUAAAUUUGUUGGUCUGUUUGUUGUUAUUCUGGUUGGUACUCAUACCGCAGCUGACCUGUGGGAUGUGCUAGGAGAUCUCUCCAAACCAAUUAGUUACACUCUUAGACAUUUUCUGGCCAGGGCAGUGUGCCUAAUAUUCCUGCCUGCUCUUCUGUAUGUCAUCUUUUUCUACAUCCAUUUGGUUGUGCUUAACAGAAGUGGUAAUGGAGAUGGCUUCUAUAGCUCUGCCUUUCAGUCACAGUUGGAAGGGAACUCUCUGUAUAAUGCCAGCAUGCCAAGAGAGGUUGCAUAUGGGGCAGUUAUAACACUCAAGAACCACCGUACGGGUGGCGGCUAUUUACACUCACACUGGCACCUGUACCCUGAGGGGGUAGGGGCAAGACAGCAGCAGGUGACAACUUACACACACAAGGAUGAUAACAAUCUCUUCAUAGUGAAGAAAUACAACAGUGAAUUGAUGGAUGAUGAUGAUGAUGCUGUGGAGAUUGUAAAAAACGGAGAUCUCAUCAGGCUAGAGCAUGUCACUACUCGAAGAAACAUCCAUUCCCACAAAGAGAUGGCACCGAUCUCCAAGAAACAUUAUCAGGUCACUGGGUAUGGAGAGAAUGGUACUGGAGAUGCAAAUGAUGUAUGGAAGGUUCUGAUUGUGGAUGGUAAAGAAGAUGAAUCUGUCACUACAGUCUCUAGCAAGUUAAAAUUCAUACACUACCUCCAGCACUGUGUUCUAACUUCUAGUGGAAAACAGCUUCCUAAGUGGGCAUAUGAACAACAGGAGGUAUCCUGCAAUUCCAACAUGAGAGACAAGAAUGCCCUCUGGAAUGUGGAAGAUAAUAUUUUUCCAAAAUUACCCAAUGUGAGUUUCGCAGUAUAUGCUCCGAGUUUCCUCGAGAGGUUCUUUGAAUCUCACGCGGUCAUGUUCCAAGGAAAUUCAGGCCUUAAACCCAAGGAAGGAGAGGUGACAUCAAGACCUUGGCAGUGGCCUGUUAACUACAGGGGCCAGUUUUUCUCUGGUAACAGCUAUCGGAUAUAUCUCCUUGGGAAUCCAGUGAUCUGGUGGGGUAAUCUGGUGUUUUUAGCCAUAUUUCUCAUAAUUUUUGCCUACAAUUCUGUAAGAGAACAGAGAGGUUAUCUGGAUCCCCCAUCAGUUAAAGAAAGCAAGCAUAGAGUGUUUAGUGCUUGUGGCUGGCUCUUCCUUGGAUGGGCUUUGCACUAUGUUCCAUUUUGGGCAAUGGGCAGAGUCCUGUACUUCCAUCAUUACUUCCCAGCUUUACUUUUCAGUUCCAUGUUAACAGGAAUCAUUUUGAACUACAUGCUAGACAGCAUAUCUCGGUUGCUACCAAAGAGGAUGGCCAAUGGCAUGUACCACUGGUUCAUAGGUGUAAUUUUCUCUGCAACUGUUUACAGCUUUUACCUCUUUUCGCCACUGGCAUAUGGAAUGUCAGGACCAUCUGCUUCUGAUCCCAACAGCACAAUGUAUGGCCUAAGAUGGAUUGAAUCAUGGGAGUUCUAAAUAUUAAUUCUAUUUCAGAAGCCAUAACUAUGGUUUGAAUGUAUUUAAAUUGGAAUAAUGUUGCCUGAUGUUUAGUCCCUUCACCUAUUUUGUGGACUUCAGUCAAACUGAAUGCCAUAGUUCUGCGUCUGGAAGAUACUUCUCUAUCAUUGGUCUUUUUUGUAUAACCCCCCACUGCUUCAGUAUUUCUUUAUCUGUACCCAGCAUUUGUACUGACAGCAUGAUAUCUCCAUUAAAUAUGUUUAGAGCAUUUCCCAGAAUCUACUGUUUUAGAAGAUAUAUGGUAGUAUAGACUCUAUGUAGUGUUUCUUUCUCCCACAUAUAUGAAGCAGAUGAGUAAGAUGUUCCAUAUGAUGUGCAGAUAUUACUUAAAACAUCCAACUUUUUAGCAGGUGAAGGGGCUAACCAAUGUAAAAUAUACAUAAUACUUCAUUCCAGUUUAUGUAAAAAUCUUUCGAAUAUUUGGUGAUAGCUGAAAACUUGGUAACUAACAGCGUAAGUUUAUCAGUAUUGUAAUGCUUCCCCUGUAUAUUUUGAAUCCAGAAGUAUUAUUUUUAUAAAGUCUUCCUGAUCUGUUUUUAUAAAGCAGAAUAGUGUUAGGAUUUCAGGGCAGCAAUAUACCAAACUGAUUAACAGUAUUUUUAAUCUAGGAUCUCACUGCAACAAAGGUAAUAUAACUGAUGAUGUAACAUGGAUGGAAUUAUAGAAAUAUUAACUGUGCCUGUAGUUUUGUAUGGGUGCAAAACAUGGUCUCUUACAUUAAAGGAAGAACAUAAAUGUUAGGUUUUUGAGAAGAGUGAGUGCUGAGGAAUACCUGUGGACAAAGUGAUGCUGGGGUGGGUGUUCUCUGAGUACUCUGGUUUCUGCAGUCAAUUCUCAUUCCACCAACUGCUUCACAUUCACUACUUAAUCUAUCAUCGAUGAUACAGUCUUAAUACACAACAAUAAACAAUAAACUGAAGAAAGAAACAUUUACAAGUUAUAACACACUAAGAAGUAGAAACAAAAGUGUGAAGUUAAUCAUUUAUUACACUAAAUCAGGCUGAUCCUGUAAGAAAAGAUCUGAAAUUCUUGAACUAAUAAUGCCUACAAUUUAUACAAGAAUACUGAUUAUUUAAUACAUGUAACUGAAUUUAUAUGUGACUUUGUAUUACUUUGGAUAUAAUAUAUUUUUUUACACUGAA